UACCUUAUUUGAUCCAUUCCGCGAUUCCACAUAAUGUUUUGGAAUACACCUCCGGACGAACUGAGCCAUUUCCCGCAAUUGCAGCGACUGCGAAGCCAACGCCAUUGUCCGUACCCCCAACCUUGUUCAUCCAUCUAUAUUCUUCUGCACAUCUGCUUCUUAUGCCGGCGGCUGACUCGGGAUCCGGGCGAUUAAGAACGGGCCAUCACCCCCCACCAAGAUAAGAUAAGAAUGGACUGCACCCUGUAGGGGCUUCAGGGAGAGCACAGAUUGUCGAGUGACCUCCUGUGGAUUUCCAAAACAAGCAUAGCGCAAUUGCCAAACUCGGUACGGUAAACAACCCUUCCAAGAAUCACGAGAUAUCGGCAGACUAUCCACAAUCAGGGUAUUGAAGCCCCUCCCCACCCCCAGUUUGGCCGCAAGCGGGGAUUCCCGACUUUUAGGUUGUUUAGGCUAAACUUUCCGUCCACUACCCCUCCCGCUUUCAUGCCCCUCGAUAUACCUGUACUCGUACAGCAUUACCGUAUAAGCUGCCAGGGUUGCGAAUAUAAACGUCUAGUGGCGCCUUCCUCCACUCGUAUCCCAACCGAUUUCACAUCCCCCAUCAAAAACAUGUCGCCGAAUUUCAAAGUAAUCGCAAGGACCGGUGAGCCCAUCCUCCACCUCGAAGACUUUUGUUUACCCGAGUCGCCGGUGCACGACGAGGACACGGGAGCCACCUGGUUUACGGACAUACCCCGCUCGGUGAUAUACGGUUUCAAUGUGGGAGAGGGCCGGAAGAGCCUCAACCGGAUUGAGGUUGGAGAUCUUGUGGGAUGUCUUGCGUUGAUUGACGGAGUACGUAUCUAUAAUGCCCCGGGAAGCUGCUUUGCGAGAGGGGAGUGGAUAGACUGAUUUGAGGGGAUCAUGACCGGUAUCGCGGGGAACAGGAUAAAGAACAUUUGGCGGUUGGGGCUAAACGCGGCUUUGGAAAAGUGAACAUCGAGACGGGAAAGUUGGAGUAUAUCAAUACCCUGUUCCCGGGUGAUAAGGAUAAGCAGGAUCUUAUGCGGAUCAAUGACGGGGCAGUUGACGUGCAGGGGAGAUUUUGGGCUGGCUCUAUGAGAAGGUACGAUAGCACCCGCUUUCACUCGCCCCCGACCUAUCAGCUAAAUGGUAUGACAGCUUCGACUUGGGCCCCCCGGAAAACGAAGGCACACUCUUCCGCAGCGACCCUACCACUCACCUCAAUCAUGUAAAAUACCCUGUCGCCAUUCCCAAUGGCAUCGGUUUCUCGCCGGACAACAGCACCCUCUACCUUGUCGAGACCCAACUCAAGACAAUAUUCGCAUAUCGCUUCGAGCCCGAAACAGGCGGUAUCUCACACGAGCAAGAGUUCGUCAAAUUUGACGAAGAGAAGCACGGGCCUGGAGCCCCCGACGGCCUCGCCAUAUCUUCGGACGGCGAUCUCUGGGUGGCCAUGCUGGGUGGCUACAAGGUGUUGCGUAUCGACCCAAAGACGAAGGAUGUUAAGGGAAUUAUUGAGGUCCCCACCAGUAAGCAGGUUGCUUGCCCGGCAUUUGUAGGAGAGGGUAUUGUCAUUACCACGGGGAAACUAGUUCAAUUGGACCCCGAUAUUGCGAAGACCAGCGUACACGCCGGAGCCGUUUUCUAUGUCCCACUGCCGGGGAUAACUGGACGGGAAGUGUACAAGGCCCGGUUUGACGCUGUGCCGGAAGACCCGGGAACGACAAGCGGAAAGUUAAUAUCAGCAUCAAAGGCGAAGGAGAAGAAGGAGGAGGAUGCUACUCUCACGGGAAUAGCAGUGCCGCCGGUAGCCGAGAAACCUAGUGUCAGCACCAUGACCACGGUAGAUGCUACAACUGCUACCCGCGUGACGGGAGAAAAGUGAGGUUUUCCUUUGUCUAUAAUUUCUUGGGAAAAGAUACCCGUUGGUAUGUCUGCGCUAGGGAGGAGAAAUUGAGGGGCAUUGAGCAGUAA